AUGUUCUCACCCGCCUCCCUGUCUCCCUCGUUGAACCCUUUGGGUCCCCUCGUGAGCGAUUGGAAGAACCCUACGGCAGCCUGCAGCCAGGACAAUGCUGGCAACAAGCUGAAGGAGCGUCAGAUGUUCUUGAGCUGCAUGGAGGCGGGAAAGCAUGCAGUGGCAAAGGACGACUUGCAUGCCGCGUUGAAACAUUUCUCCGAGGCAUGCGAGAUCAAUCCGGCGAUCGCUGAAUCGCACAACAACCUUGGAAACGUUCUUAUCGAGUUGGGGGAGGUGGAGCGAGCUAUCGAGUGCUACGGCAGGGCCUUGGAGGCACACUUCAACCUGGCAACAGUCUGGCAUGCCAAGGCGACCAAGAUCCGAACGGCGGAAGGAAGCCCAGACAACCAGGAUUGUCAAUACAACCUUGCGAACUUGUACAGUGAGAGAGGGUUCUCGCGGCAGGCGUUGGAGUUGUAUGGGAAGUCUGCCUUUGCAGAUGACUCCAUCGACUCUCAAAGUCUUGUCAACAUGGGGGUAGCGGCGUUCAACGCCGGACACCUUCAGGCUGCGGAGCAAUGCUUUAGACGAGCCAUCUACAAUGAUCCAAAGUGUGAGCAAGCUACUAUGAAUCUUGCCUUAUGCAUCGUGGGGAAAGGACUGCAAAAGUGGCACGUAGGACAGGCCAAGGAGGCCACCGUCGCCUUCCACGAGUGCGCUGCUCUUGUUCCUGUUCCGUCGAAGGGCUCGCAUGCUGUGCCUCGAUAUCUCGCUUGGUCAUGUGCAUGUGCUGUCGCCAUCAGUUGGUCGGAGCAGGCGACUUCUAACUCCACCUCGACGGAUUGGAUCCUUGAUCGAGCUUUCCUCGCGCUUGGGAUGGAUCGAGAAUCAGGAGCCGAAAAUGGGAGGGAGACCUUAGAUGCAGCUCUCCUCCUGUUUCUCUGUGGGAUGAAGGAGGAAAGUAAAGCUAUCUUGCGACGAAGCAAUGGGGUAGAUCGAGAUCGGCAAGGACAGGAGCUAGCGAUCGCCGCACUUUCCUUCUGGGGAAAGUUUGGUCGGCUCAUCGAGCAAUGCGACAAGGCAGAACUGCUGAGGGCCUUGACCUUCUGCGGGAAGGACGACAUCCUCCAUCCCACUGUGUUGCUGACCGGCAACAUGGACUACCAGUCGCUUGUCACCAGCCUUGACAGCCUGCGUGACUCGCAAGCCGCACCGAAUAGUGUGAUCAGAGGAUGGCUCCUACAGAAAGCAGAUCCGUUCGCCCGUCCCCUCAUGAGAUUCCUCAAGAGUCUGGAGCCUUCCAAGGUGGGAAGGGAACUGCUGGGGGCAACAGAAUACAUCGUGAAGGGCACCAUAUUUGGCGACAGGCCUCCCCACCCGAACCUGAAGCGGGCGUGUCGGGUCAUCUUCUUCGUGCUUGUCCUGGAAGGACAAGGGUGGUUCAUCUUCGACGAGGGGUUCGUGCUCAAGGACGAGGCUGUGAAGGUAUGUCAGAACUUGAAUCAAGACCAUGAGGAGAAGCCUGUUGGAGGAGACGUGACUCUUCAAAGAGGGGAGGGACCAGUGACUGAAGGGGAAGAGAGCGAGGAGGAAAGAGAAUUGAAGAAUAUGGAAGCAGCUGAAGGAAACAUUGAAGAUGAGAUUGAUCUUGCAUCGAACAGUCUCAAGGAUUCCUGGUGUAGCGUGUGGGAUCAAAUGGAAGAGCAGGUGAAGGAGAUGAGAGCGAGCAUGGAGAUGUAUCAGAGCGAACUUGGGGACCCAGAGGCUGCAGCAAGGCGCGAUGUCCCCCUCCAGCUGCUUCAGUUUCAGUUUGAAGUCGCGAGGCUCGAGGCUCCUCUCGACAAGACCUCAUCUUCUCCACGCUUGCCCCUUGACGUCAACCAGGAAAAGAUGCAAGUUAAGCUGCAUGACGUCAUCAGCGGAGUGGAUUGGCAGAGCUUCUUCCAUGCUCUCCCGUUGGAACACAGAGAUGUUGCGGAUUCUUUGGUUUACGAUGCCAUCAUGAUGCUGAUAAUGGGAAACGAAUACUCUUCAACUCAUUUUAUUCGAAUGGACACAAGCAAUACAUGA